ACUCAAGGCGUAGGCCAUAACAAUUAAAAAAUUCCAAAUUUCCUCCUACAGAUAACGGACUCCUUUUACAGAUAACGAGAGCUUUCAAGAAACAACCAGAGCCACUUCACUACAGAGGCCAGCAUGAAGAAAUUGUUUGUGGAUGUGGACUGUGGUGUGGAUGAUGCUCAGGCUAUCAUGAUGGCUUUUGCAGUGCCCGACGUGCAGAUCCUGGGCAUCUCCUGUGUUCAGGGCAACACUUCAGUAGAGAAUGUCUGCAAGAACGUCCUGCGUGUCCUGAAAGUGUGUAAGCAUCUGGAGAUUCCUGUAUUCCGUGGAGCGACUAAAGCUCUCUUGGGACAGACCGUCGGUGCUGGAGAUUUUCAUGGCAAAGAUGGACUCGGGGACGCCCCGGACCCCGACGCUCCUGGUUUGGAACUUGUCCAGAAAGAGGGCGCCGUGUCAGCCAUGAUCCGAAUAGUCAAUGAGAAUCCUGGAGAGGUGUCUUUAGUGGCCACGGCUCCGCUGACAAAUGUGGCUUUGGCAGUGAAACUUGACCCCUUAUUUCCUCAGAAACUCAAAGGCCUUUACAUUAUGGGUGGCAAUACAGACUCUCGUGGGAACACUACUAUAUGUGGAGAGUACAACUUUGCAGCUGAUCCUGAAGCAGCAUAUAUUGUUCUAAAUGAAUUCCAUUGCCCAGUUUACAUUGCGACCUGGGAGUUCACCUGUCGCAGUAAACUACCCUGGGUGAGAUCAUCAUCUCAUACAGAUUAUUAUAUGAUGAUGCGGUUUAUGAAGCAGAUCUUCAAGCACAGUAUGGAGUCCUGCUACAGUGAGAGGAUUGAGAAGGAGCUGGUGGAUGGCCAGGGAUUCAUCUCCUGUGACUCGUAUGCCAUGGCAGCAGCCAUAGACGACAAGUAUGUCAUUGAAACUGAACACAAAGCCGUCACUGUAGAGCUGGCGGGAAACUGCUGCCGGGGAAUGAUGGUUGUCGAUCACCUCGAUAUCCUGAAGAAGACUCACAAAGCCCACAUCUUGAAGGAAGUGGACUUGGAGAGGUUUAAAGAGCUCAUGAUGAAUGCUUUGAAAUAAAUGAUCAUUAGCAGGCAUCACAUUUUUAUGAUCAUCUCUGUGGAAAAUUUUUGCUAUUUGCUACUUAAUCAGAUUCCCUUUUUUACCAAAAUCAUAAAACUGUUCAUACAGAAAUGCUAGUCACCUGUUGAAUAAUUACAUUUUGUUAAAUAAACCACUAAUGUUUUGAA